CCGGCCGGAUGUUCGCCCAGCUCCGUUCCGGUUCCGGGCGGCGACAUGACGGGCCGCGGCACGGCGAGCCGCUUCCUGACGGCCGUGCUGCACAACGGCGUGGGCCGGUACGUGCGGCAGCUGCAGCUCCUGCACGUCGUGUUCAGCCCCAACGCGCCCGACGCACGCGGAGCCAGGCAGUUCGUGGAGGAGCAGGCGGUGGAUUUCGCCCGGAGACACCCGGACGUGGUGCUGUACGUGCGGCCCUGCGACUGCCCCGCGCCCCUGCUGCAGGCCGAGUACCGUGAGUGCGGGGAACGGCAAGGACACACCGAGCGGCUGUUACCGAGUGUCUGUUACAGUGUCUUGAACGGCACGGUGCGGGAGGAGCUGAUCGCCAGUAAGAGCAGCGAGGAGAUCGUGCAGCUGGCCGCCAAGCUGGCCUCCCAGUCCGGCCUGGACAUCGUGCGGAUCCGCAAACCCUUCCACACCGCCAACCCCAGCGUGCAGGGCCAGUGGCACCCGCUCACCAACAAACCUUCCUCCCUCACCGUGCGCGGCCCCCGCACGGCACCGCAAUAAACAGCACGUUGAUGCACCGCCGCAAUAAACAGCACGUUGAUGCACCGCCGCUUC